AUGAACCAAAAACCUCUCUUCUUCCCUUUCUCUUCUCUUGUGAUUUAUCCAUACUGCGUCACCCUGUUCUAUUUCCUCACAACAAUCACUCUAAGCUAUGCUGUGGAUCCAUAUUUUGAAGCUUGUGAACCCAAAACAUGUGGCAACCAAACUAUAACCUACCCUUUCUACAUCAAAGGAAUACAAGAAACCUUUUGUGGUUUCCCUGGUUUUGGUAUCACUUGUGACAAUACUAUUGGUUUUCCAAUCCUUAAUCUUUCUAAUACCUUUUACACAAUCAACCAAAUUUUGUAUCAAAAUCAUUCAUUUAGAGUGUCGAAUCCUAUGUUUUCAAGAGCAGACACAAAAAAAGGUUGUCUUUCACUUUCACCUACCCAAAACUCCAGUUUGCCUAAUAACAUGUUCUAUCUUGCACAUAACCAAACUGAAGUGAGAUUGUUCUUUGGAUGCGACUCAUCGAAGCUACCCAGAACUCUGCAAAGGAACAAAAUCGGUUGCUCUGCAGAAAACGAAACGAGUUCGGUUGUGGCAUUAUAUGGGGAUGAUAAAAAUGUAAGCUUUGUGUCAAAGAAUUGUAGGGAUGAAGUGGUUUAUGCAGGGGUGGAAAAAGGUGUGGAAGGAGGGAUCCAAGAGGCUCUGAGAAAUGGGUUUAGGUUGAAUUGGAAAGCUAGUGAUUGCAGGGAAUGUAACAGUACUGGAGGGAGAUGUGGGUUUGAUGCAGAUAUAUUCAAUUUCAGAUGUUACUGCACUGAUAGAGUUCAUGCUGCAAAAUGUGAUACAGAGGCAGCAAAUGCAAGCUUCUAUGUCAACGGAAAAGUUCACAUUGGUUUUGAGAAACACAACUGA